GCCGCCGCCCGCCUGCGCUCAGAGACUCACGCAGCCCCAGUCCCGCCAGUCCGCCAACACAGUAGUGCCGGCCCCCCUCCUUCCCUAGCCCUUCCCCCUCCCCGCCUUUGGCUCGCUCCGCCUUUCUGCCCCCCACCCCCACCUCACGGGUACAGGCCAUUCCCGGCCAGGAAACGCCGUGGCGCCGCGUUGGGCCUAACUCGAGUCUUGCUGCCUCCCGGGAGUGCCGUGCGCCGCAGCCCGGGCCCAGGCCCCGGCAGCGCCUGGGACAAGGUCUUCAGAGCUACUGACAUAACUUUGGGGCACUUCAUAUUCAGAGGUCUAUGUAAAGGAUUCCUCAUGUCCAUAUCAUGUUGGCUGAGGCUGUACAGCUCACCCCCACUCUCAGAGUGGUCAGUCUCCAUUAAUUGGACCCCGUGAUUUCCAUUCUCUGCUGUGUUGGACGUCAUGAGCAUUGCAGUCCCUCUGGGAGUAACUACACCAGAUACAUCCUAUUCAGAUAUGGCUGCUGGAUCAGAAAAGGAAGUGGAAGCCCCCUACCUUUCAAGACGAAGUGGCACUACACCAGGAUGUGAAAGUCCAGCGAAAGAGACCCAAGGGGCCUAGGGGGCAGCACACCCCCAGAAGCCAAGUCUAUUCCAGGCAGUACCAGGGAUUAGGGUCUGGGCUGGAAAAAUCCUGGUGUUUUGAAUAUGUUCAGGUCCAGUUCAGACUCUUGAUCCCACAGCCACUUCUUGAGUGAGGGUAUCCUGUCUUGGUAGUGAAUGGAAGAGGGCCUGGUCCCUGGGGCAGUGCAGAAGGCACUUUCAUCAUCUCACUCACUGCAAAUGUCAUGUGAGGUUUCAUGGAAGUAUUAAGAGAUCCAAUUAAGAAGAAUAGUUCUGAGUCUAAACCAGCCCAGAGUGGCUUCUCUAGGGGAAACUCCCCGCUCAGCUGCCCUGAAUCUGUGGAGGCUAGUCCAGCAGUUAAUGAGAAGAGCGUGUAUUCCACUCAUAAUUAUGGGACCACUCAGAGGCUGGGGUGUCGAGGACUGCCUUAUGCUGAUCAUAAUUACGGAGCCCCUCCUCCUCCGACACCUCCUGCUUCUCCCCCUGUCCAGACGAUCAUCCCUCGUUCUGACCUGAAUGGCCUGCCGUCGCCCGUAGAGGAACGCUGUGGAGACAGCCCGAACUCUGAAGGAGAGACUGUUCCUACCUGGUGUCCUUGUGGUCUUUCUCAGGAUGGCUUCCUUCUCAACUGUGACAAGUGCAGGGGAAUGAGCAGGGGGAAGGUUAUUAGACUUCAUCGGCGGAAGCAGGACAACAUAUCAGGUGGGGAUAGCAGUGCAACAGAAAGCUGGGAUGAGGAGCUUUCUCCUUCCACUGUGUUGUAUACAGCAACACAGCACACACCUACAAGCAUCACCUUAACUGUUAGAAGAACCAAACCCAAGAAGCGGAAAAAGAGUCCAGAAAAGGGUCGUGCAGCACCAAAGACGAAGAAAAUCAAGGCAUUUCGAGAGGGAUCCCGGAAGUCCUUGCGGAUGAAGAAUUCUCCCUCUGAAGCACAGAAUUUAGAUGAGAAUACAACUGAGGGCUGGGAAAAUCGAAUAAGACUAUGGACUGAUCAGUAUGAAGAAGCCUUCACUAAUCAAUAUAGUGCAGAUGUACAAAACGCCCUUGAACAACAUCUGCAUUCUAACAAGGAAUUUGUGGGCAAACCUGCUAUUUUAGACACUAUUAAUAAGACUGAAUUGGCCUGUAAUAAUACAGUUAUUGGUUCCCAAAUGCAGUUACAGCUGGGAAGAGUCACUCGUGUUCAAAAGCAUCGCAAAAUCCUGAGGGCUGCAAGAGAUCUGGCUUUGGAUACUCUUAUAAUAGAGUAUCGUGGGAAAGUCAUGUUACGGCAACAAUUUGAGGUCAAUGGGCAUUUCUUCAAAAAACCGUAUCCCUUUGUGCUCUUCUACUCAAAAUUCAAUGGUGUAGAGAUGUGUGUGGAUGCCCGUACUUUCGGUAAUGAUGCCCGGUUCAUCAGAAGAUCAUGUACACCAAAUGCAGAGGUGAGACACAUGAUUGCGGAUGGGAUGAUUCACCUGUGUAUCUAUGCUGUAUCUGCCAUCACCAAGGAUGCUGAGGUCACCAUUGCAUUUGAUUAUGAGUAUAGUAACUGUAAUUAUAAAGUGGACUGUGCAUGUCACAAGGGGAACCGGAAUUGCCCUAUUCAGAAAAGGAAUCCUAAUGCUGCCGAAUUGCCACUCCCACCCCCUCCAACCCUACCCAUCAUUGGAGCAGAGACCAGACGUAGAAAAGCACGACGGAAAGAGCUAGAGAUGGAGCAGCAGAAUGAAGCUCCAGAAGAAAAUAAUGACCAGCAACCACAAGAAGUUCCAGAAAAAAUAAAUGUAUCCAGUGAUCAUGAGGAAGUAGACAAUCCAGAAGAAAAACCGGAAGAAGAGAAAGAAGAAGUUAUUGAUGACCAGGAGAACCCAGCUCAUAGCAGGAGGACCCGGGAGGAUAGAAAGGUUGAAGCCAUCAUGCAUGCUUUCGAAAAUUUAGAAAAAAGAAAGAAACGGCGGGAUCAGCCCUUGGAGCAGAGCAGUUCUGACAUCGAGAUUACUACCACCACCUCAGAGACUCCUACUGGAGAAGAGACAAAAACUGAGGCCCCAGAAUCUGAAAUUAGCAACCCUGCUUCAAACAUUGCCAUCCCUAGCACCCCACAAACUAUUGGUGUGAACACCCGGAGGUCUUCUCAAGCAGGGGAUAUUGCAGCAGAAAAAACAGUCCCCAAACCACCUCCAGCAAAGCCUUCUAGGCCCCGACCGAAGAGUCGAAUUUCUCGGUACCGGAGUAGUUCAGCCCAAAGACUAAAGCGCCAGAAGCAGGCCAAUGCACAACAGGCAGAAUUGUCACAAGCUGCCUUGGAAGAAGGAGGAAAUAAUAGCUCAGUAACUCCUACUGAAGCUGGAAGUAUAGAGAGUUCAGGAGAAAACAGACAGUUACCAGGCACUGACCCAACUGUGCUAUCAGUUACCGGAUCCCAUGUCAACCGUGCUGUAACUAAGUACCCAAAAACCAAAAAGUAUCUAGUUACAGAAUGGUUGAAUGACAAAGCAGAGAAGCAAGAGUGCCCUGUGGAAUGUCCCUUACGUAUCACCACAGAUCCAACUGUACUGGCCACAACCCUGAACAUGUUACCGGGUCUUAUUCAUUCCCCAUUAAUUUGCACCACCCCAAAACACUACAUUCGCUUUGGCUCACCUUUUAUGCCUGAGAGGCGUCGAAGGCCCCUUCUGCCUGAUGGCACAUUCAGCUCCUGUAAGAAGCGCUGGAUAAAGCAAGCCUUGGAAGAAGGGAUGACUCAAACAUCAUCUGUACCCCAAGAGAGUAGAACUCCACACCUAUACCAAAGUAAUGAGAAUAGUAAUUCUUCUAGUAUCUGUAAAGACAAUGCAGAUUUGUUGAGCCCAUUAAAGAAAUGGAAGUCUCGCUAUUUAAUGGAGCAGAAUGUCACCAAGUUACUUCGGCCUUUGUCUCCAGUCACACCACCUCCUCCCAGUUCAGGCUCUAAGAGCCCCCAACUGACUACCCCUGGCCAAACUCACCCAGGAGAAGAAGAGUGUCGAAAUGGAUACAGCCUCAUGUUCUCGCCAAUCACGUCUCUUACUACUGCUAGUCGCUGCAACACUCCUCUGCAGUUUGAGAGCAUAUCCUCCCCUGAGAGUUCCCCUGCGCAUAGGCCCGAGUCCCUGUCACCCGAGCUUUGUCACCGAAAAGACCUGGAUUUAACAAAAGUAGGAUAUCAUGACUCCAACACUAACAGCUGUGCUGACAGACCUUCCAUGCUUAACUCAAGUCAUUCUGACCUGGCUCCUCAUCCCUCUCUUGGGCCCACCUCAGAGACUGGCUUCCCAAGUAGGAGUGGAGAUGGACCUCAAAGUCUUGUGAGAAACUCGGACCAGGCAUUUCGGACAGAGUUCAACUUGAUGUAUGCCUACUCCCCUUUGAACGCUAUGCCUCGAGCAGAUGGAUUAUAUAGAGGGUCUCCCCUAGUAGGGGAUAGGAAGCCUUUGCAUUUGGACGGGGGAUAUUGUUCCCCUGCAGAAGGGUUUUCCAGCAGAUAUGAACAUGGAUUUAUGAAAGACCUCUCUCGUGGAUCGAUGUCACCCGGUGGUGAACGCGCCUGUGACGGAGUUCCAUCUGCCCCCCAGAACCCACCACAGAGGAAAAAGGUAUCCCUGCUGGAGUACCGAAAACGGAAACAAGAAGCCAAGGAGAAUUCUGGUGGGGGCAGCGACUCGGCACAGAGCAAAAGCAAGUCUGCAGGAGCUGGGCAGGGCAGCAGUAACUCUGUUUCUGACACUGGUGCCCAUGGUGUUCAGGGAUCUUCAACUCGAGUCCCAUCCUCCCCUCACAGAAAGUUCUCCCCAUCUCAUUCCUCUAUGUCACAUUCGGAGGCAGUAAGCCCAUCAGAUUCCAGGGGCACUUCUUCAUCUCACUGCAGACCUCAAGAGAAUAUCAGCAGUAGAUGGAUGGUUCCCACAUCAGUAGAACGACUCCGAGAAGGAGGAAGUAUCCCUAAGGUCCUCCGAAGCAGUGUGAGAGUGGCCCAGAAGGGAGAGCCUUCUCCCACGUGGGAGAGUAAUGUCACAGAGAAAGAUUCAGACCCUGCAGAUGGAGAAGGCUCAGAAACAUUGAGCUCAGCGCUCUCAAAAGGAGCCACCGUUUACAGCCCUUCCAGAUACAGCUACCAGCUCCUGCAGUGUGAUAGUCCACGGACAGAAUCACAAAGCCUCCUUCAACAGAGUUCCUCCCCCUUUAGAGGACAUCCCACCCAAUCUCCAGGAUACAGUUAUCGAACUACUGCACUGAGACCUGGGAAUCCCCCCUCACAAGGCUCUUCAGAAUCAUCCCUCUCUUCCACCUCUUACCCCAGCCCAGCCCACCCUGUGUCUACAGACUCGAUGGCUCCCCUUCCGGGGACACCAGGGUAUUAUAGCAGCCAGCCACAUUCUGGAAACAGCACUGGCAGCAAUCUUCCAAGGAGGAGCUGUCCUUCUAGUGCUGCUAGCCCUGCCCUACAGGGCCCCUCAGACUCACCAACCUCAGACUCAGUUUCUCAGUCCAGCACAGGAACUCUGAGUUCCACCUCUUUUCCUCAGAACUCUAGGUCGUCAUUGCCAUCUGACUUACGGACUAUCAGUCUGCCCAGCACUGGGCAGUCAGCUGCCUACCAGGCCUCCAGGGUAUCUGCGGUUUCCAAUUCACAGCACUACCCACACCGUGGGAGUGGGAGUGUGCACCAGUACCGACUCCAGCCACUGCAAGGGUCAGGAGUCAAGACUCAGACAGGACUUUCCUAGGGCUUCUGGAUAUGGGCAAACAGAACUGAACAAGCCCAUAGCUGCUUCCUUCCAGCUGCCUCUGGAACCUAGGCCGAGCAUAUUGCUGGUGAAGGGGGUUGCAAGAUGCCAGAGGAUUGGGUCUGGUCUGCAAGAAACAAGACUUGUGGUCGCGGCUGGCCUCUGGCCUUGGGGAACGAUGUAAAUCUUGUCUGAAGCAGAGACUAUAAAGAAGUUUCUCCCUGCUGUUAAGGGUACAUUGUUGACAAGCAAAUGGUGUUCCGGUUAGUAACGGUUCUAAGUGCAAUGAGUUGUGUUGAGCCUCUGUCUCCCAUCCUUGCCUGUAGCCCGUAGUCACUUGUGCAGUGAGGACAUCUUUUUAAAUAAAUAAUAAGAAAAAAAAGUUUUCCUUUCAAAAGAAAAAAAAAAUUGAAAAGAGCCAAUCUCAAAGCCCCAAGCCAUUUGAGUAGUGUUAGGGUUUUAUGCACUUGAGAGAAAAAAAGGUAGGUAUACAAAUGUCACCGUAAGAUGACCAUUCCAGAAGCAAAUGCGUGUCCAAGGUGUGUCCAGCAAGAGCACUCCCUACCUUUGUCAUUAAAUCACCAGGGAAGAGGCAUGGAAAGUAAAGCUUGGAGCUUGCUCUGAUUGAGGGGUGCUUGGCUCUCGGAAGAUCUCAUGGUCAGUUCUUGAUUAUCUGGGAGCAGAUUGUCUGAGUAGAUUGAGGCCCAGCUGUUACCAUCCAAGUCCUCCUUCUCAAGCCAUUUCAGAGCUUAACCCAUGAAGUAAGUAGAGAAAAGUGAAAUGAGAAACAAGGUGGUCCCAUUGUGUUCAUUGGGUUCCUACUUAGCAGCUUGGGAGAGAAGAUUGAAUUAGAGAGGUUGGAGUGGUCUGGGAAUACUUUGAAGUUUUAUUUUUUUACUCCCAACUAAUCAGGACUUGACGAUCUCAUGAGUAGGACUGCCUCCCUGAUCGGGAGCGUGCACUCGUGGCUGCAGGGUAAGAGUGGGAAUAUAGGUUUAUAGAGUGGCACCGACAGGACUGUGAUUGUGUGUGGGCCUGCCCCACGUUUCUUUGGGGGGAUGCGUAUGUGCGAGUGGGCCGGUGAGAGGUACCCAGCCCCACCCAUACCCCUAACACUGCUCUGGAUGAGAGAUGAGAACAGACUGGCUUCUCCCCAUCAGUGCAUUGUGCCUGUUGUACACCCCUGGAGGAGCCCUGGAGCCAGCCCAGGUGGGGUACACAAUCUUUUUAAAUUCCAUAUGGUUGCCAGCUUCUUUCUUUCCCUUGUUUACUGUAAUAUCCGGCGUGUUUUUAUUUAUCUAAUUUUGUAUUCAGUUAUAACCAUGGUAGGGUAGUGAAUAUAUGACAGGUGUAAUCCCUGGUGCUGCAGUGGACCUUACUUCUUUUCUUUUGGACAAGAUAAUACUGUGAGUCUCCCUUCUACUUUCUCAUUUGUGUCCUCCUUUUACCCCACGCCCUCGCAUCCCCUCUUCUAUGCUGUCCUACAACCAUCAUAUGCACAGCCUUCUCUCUUUGUGUGUGACUGUUACAAAAUUUCACUUUUCAAAAUUGAAAUCAGGUGUUUGCUCAAAUGAGGGGAGAUUUUUAUUAUUUUAUGCUGAGACCUCAGCAGAGUACCUUUCUUUUUGUUUCCCCCACAAACCCAUCAGUCUGGGAGAGCGUUGGGAGUGGAAAUCAUGUUGCCUGGGAUGCCGGUUUCUUUGUAUAUUAUAUAAAACGUAUGUAAAUGUCUCUCCAUUUGGGCUGGGGUUUGCAUUCUCCUCUUGGCUGUUGGCCAAGGGGAGAGGCCAGCGGGCAGGCGGCCCUCACCCUGCCUGGCACGUGCAGAGACCCCAGCCACUCUGUGUGGGCAGGGUGCUGUCAAGACCAGACCUCGGGGGGGAGGGGGGGGGCGGGGGGAAGGGGAACUCUUGGAAGGAAAGAAGUAUUACUUCUUUCUCAAGUGGAGUGUUUACACCUUGCUGUAACAUUUGAACUUUCACAAGAGAUGUAAUAAUUUUGAUAAUAAAAUUCUUAACCAUAAUAAUCAUAAAGUUGA